CAAGUUCCUAUACUUGACACAGGCACACUUAUUUUAGGGUUUACAAGGAAUACACAGACAAACUCAAACCUCCAGUCCAGACAGAUUAAGAAGAAGAAAAAAGCUGUAAAUUUUAUCUCUCAGUAAUAUCCGAAAUGGAACACGGAACGAGGGAUAUUAAAUCGUCUACUUUCUGUUUAACUGAUGAGGAUCAUACUCUCGCUAAUGCUCUUAGAUUCACACUGAAUCAAGAUCCAAGAGUAGUAUUCUGUGGGUACAGCAUUCCCCAUCCUUCAGAUGCACAAGUUAACAUAAGAGUUCAGACAACAGGUGCUCAUGCAGGUGUUGUGCUGAAAGAUGCACUUCAAAAUCUGAGGGCUAUGUGCCAACACAUUAGGAGCACUACGGACGGAGUUGUUAAAGAGUAUAAAUUGGAGAAUCCCUCUGUUGAAGCCAUGGAAACUGAAGAAUGAUUCCCAAAAAGAUGUUGACCUGUUAUUAUGUAUGAUUCGUUUUUUUGAAUACAAGCUAAAACUUUAAAUCCUUCUGGCAUGUGAAAUGUGAAACCCCAUUUUUCUGGUUUUACGCAUAGCUGAGGCUGCGGCUUUGUUGCAUGUUUGUGAUCUUUUACAUGUGUAUUUUUAGCAUGUACUGAGAAAUUUGAAUGUCAUACCCAUGAUUUUGAUUUUCUGGUUGUGACAACCUUCA